AUGACGGUAAAAGGCAUUGAAGCCCACAGAGAGAACAACAACUGGGAGCGAGAAAAUCAUUCAGACACAUCCCAUAAUAAGAGUCCGCUUCUAGCUGAUCCAUGGAAACCAUGCAGACAGUCCCGAGGAUUUGUCAAAGAGUGGCUGUUGAAGCUGAGGUGUUUUUUGGGAACAGUGUGCAGAAUAGAGUGGUAUGGCUAUGCUGCUCUUGGCAUUUUGACCGCUAUCCUCAGCUUUCUCAUGGACCUCAGCGUAACAAAGCUGCUGAGAGCUCAUCAGUGGCUUUAUAUGAAGCUGGAGGGCAACAGUCUGCUGCAGUUCUUCUGCUGGACUCUUUACCCAUCAUGCCUCUGUGCUGUUGCUUCAUCGUUUUCCCAUCACAUCUGUCCCUUCUCCACAGGUUCGGGGAUACCAGAGGUGAGGACCAUGGUGGCCGGCAUUGAAAUGCCUCAUUACUUGUCACUCACUAAUAUGUUUACCAAGUUCCUGGGCCUUAUCUGUACACUGGCAGCUGGUAGCACUCUAUUCCUGGGCAAAGUGGGUCCAUUUGUGCAUCUUUCCACCAUGGUGGGAAGCUACCUGAGCAAUCUCUGCACUCUUAUACAAGCCAAUAAGGAGGAGAAAGCAGCUGGGGAGAUGCUGGUUGUAGCUGCAGCAGUCGGGGUAGCCAGUUGCUUUGGAGCUCCCAUUAGUGGUGUGUUGUUCAGUGUGGAAGUGAUGUCCUCUCACUUUUCCCUGAAGAAUUACUUCCCAUGUUUCUUCUCAGUCGCCUGCGGGGCGUUGACCUUCCGCCUGUUCUCAGUGUGGAGUGGAGAUGGAGAGACUCUUCAGGCACUGUUCAAAACUAAUUUCCCCACUGCUUUACCUUUCUUCCCGCUGGAGAUUCUGCUGUUUGCUUUGCUGGGGCUGCUGUGUGGAGCCGUGAGCCGCUGCUACCUCUUCUGCCAUCGGUGGAUCCUGCAAUUCACCAAGACAAACCCAGUCCUCCUCAAGAUAUUGACGACAGAGAAGGGUCUGUAUUCAGGAAUGGUGGUCUUCCUUCUGGCAUCUUUGACGUUUCCACACUCUGCUGGCCAAUAUAUGGCUUCUAAGUACACCAUGAAGCAGCUCCUCACCUCCUUACUAGACAGCAGGCAGUGGCUCUCUCAAUCCCACAAUGCCUCUGUUCAACUGGAGUCCGAGCCUUUGUUGGAGUGGAGCUCAUCAGGGAGUCCUAUCUAUUUCUCUUUGGCUGUCUUUCUGCUUAUGAAGCUGUGGAUGUUGGUCCUCGCCUGCACGCUGCCUCUGCCAGCUGGAUACUUCAUGCCAGUCUUUAUCUACGGGGCAGCUAUUGGGCGUUUGCUAGGUGAAGGAGUGGCUUACGUGUCCUUCACUGGAGUGACUUCAGACCAGCAGUGGGCUUCUAUAAAUCCUGGGGGCUAUGCUCUGGCUGGUGCUGCAGCAUUCUCCGGUGCUGUGACUCACACCUUGUCCCCAGCUCUCCUGGCUCUAGAGUUAACUGGCCAGUUCAGCCAUGCUGUUCCCAUCCUCCUUGCCACACUACUGGCCAAUGCCCUGACUUGCUCUGGGCACUGUCCUUCUUUCUAUGAUGCCCUCUCUAUCAGCAAGAGGCUCCCACACCUGCCCUCUCUGAUAAAAGCCUGUCCCAGGCUUCCCUCUACACCAGUCGGACAGGUUUUGAGAGCUAAAGCGGUGCAGCUUCAGAAAGCAGCUGGGCCAGUGGAGGUUCAGCAGGCUGUCAACACCAGCGCUGAAAUACAAAUCCCUGUGGUGGACUCACAUGAGUCGCAGAUUUUACUGGGGUUUGUUCUCCGAUCAGAGCUGCUGAUGUUCCUGCAGUACUGUAAGACUGAGACUAUGGAGAAACAUCUGGAUGAGGUCUGUUGCAUUCAUCCAUCCUCGGCCCUGUUAUCACCACACAGCACCGUUCAGGAGGCCCACAGUAUGCUGAGUCUGGUUGGAGCUCAGACCUUGUUUGUCACUGACAGAGGGAGGCUAGUGGGGCUUAUUUCUUGGCCAGAGAUGAAGAGAAUAUUAGAAGACUUGGCCAAAGAAAUCUAA